CUCCUUUCUCCAGGGCUCUCAUCACUAGAAGAGUUUUCUGGACGAAACUUAUGCUUAGCUAUCGAAAUUUAGGAAGUAAGUGAACAUGAAACCAGCGGCGUGCAGACAGUUUUCAGCAUCGCAGAUUCUUUCCAUGAUGGUAGCCCUCUUUGUUUUCUUCUCUUUGCUGACUUCAUCUACAAGUUUCACGCCACCUAAAAUAAUUUACGGUGGUUGGACUCCUAUAUUACCUGGCCACCCUUUCUUCUUCGCAGGUAAAAGACACUAUCAACAGUAUCAAGUUCAGAGUAAACCUCAUUACAGCCAAAUUAGUUCUCAAUACACGCAUCAUUCAUAUUCUCCAAAUGUGCACAACACAGUAGAUCAACAUGUUCAAUAUGGAAAUUAUGGCCAUCAUGAGCCACAUUCAGAAAUAUACCACAGCCAAUCAGUUAAUUAUCAUAACCAUCCAAGAGAACCACGUAUUAAUUCAAAUGGUCAAAAAAGCAAAAAGAAUAUCUUCGCUUAUUAUCCUCCUCAAUCCUCUUACGAUAAUCCAAAUCCAAACGAAAAUUUAGAUUAUAAACCAGUGUAUUUAGAAGUUCCGAGAAAACCAUUUGAACUUUUUGAAAAUCCGCAUAAAGCAGUGCCGUACAUUUUACCAUCAUUGAAAGAACUUUUUCCUAAAGGUUUGAAAAUUUCUGACCAGGGAAAAGAUCAAACAUAUCUUAAAAUUGCUCCAAUCGGAAAAGUUAAUCCUCAUUCCAUCUACCCUAUUGGACAUAUAAGUCUUGGUAACCUUCAAUAUAUACCUAACUUGCACCCUAAAACAGAAUAUAAAUCAGGCCAUGCUUCAACAAUACCAGUGCAUUUGAGAAAUCAGGAAAAAGCUAUUUACCUACCUGAAUCUCAUCCACAAAGUUCUCGCCAUCAAACUAAGUAUAAUUCUUUGAACAUUAAUCAUAAUUCAGAACCUCAUGGUAUCCCUGAUAUUAUUAAUAACUUUAGGGGUACUGAUUUCCCAUAUCACAGAGGAAUUCAAAAUCAAGGAAUCUCGGACAACUCCAAACCUAAUGAAUACGUUAAUUACCAACCUUUGCACGAUGUUUCAUCUUCCAAAAGCGGUGGCGCAACAUCGUAUUAUUUGGAAGAUCCAAAUUACAGAAACAAAGCAUUAAUAGUUGAUUCUUCACUCCAGGGUCAUGGUAAAACUUAUCCAACAACUUCAGAAGUAUAUCAUGAUACCAAAUAUGUGCCAUCAGAAGACAUUCAUUCUGACAAGCCAAAAGAACUAAUUUUGCCUUCCACUGGAGAAGGAAUUUCAAAUAAUGAUAUAAAAUUAUUAGGAACUAAAGUGGGAUCUUACAAUCCUUCAAAACACUAUUAUGUGUUAAAUUCACAGAAGCCUGUUUUAUCUCCAGGAAGCUAUCAUUUCGAUCAAUAUCCAAAAAUGUAUCCAAAAGCAAUAUCUUACAAAGGAGCAAAGCAUUCAUUGGUUCCGAAGCUCCUUGAGACUUAUAUUCCUAGAAAUUCUAAGGUUAAGACGCUUUAUCAGAAGCCAAGCAUAUUAACUCACAUUCGAGGAACUCCAGCAAUAGUAGAAAGAGAGGUAGCAAUAAUUCAUGUACCAGUUGAUGAGUCUGAACAUUCACCAGAUGGUACUCAAAGUUAUUCAGAAAAUUCAGAAAUCCUGUUCUCAUCAGCAAGCACACCACGAACAGUUGAAUUUAGAAACUUUUAUCACGGCAAUGACAGUAAACAGUUUCAUCCCCAAAACGAGCAUAACUCGCCUUUUGUUUUGAACAAAACUCUCACGAAUCAUAUCCACAAACAUCACGAAGAUCCAGAAGUAGUGAGCAAAGAAGAUGAUGAAUGCAUAUUUGUUGGAACGCGCGGUCUGAUUCGAGAUGAUGACAGCAGUUCCAGUGAGAAUGAUGCUUCUGAUUCGUCAAAAGAAUCUGCGAAAAAACAGUUUUUCCACGCCUAUUACGCGCCUUCGGAUCAUGUACCUCCUAAAGGAUAUGUAAAAAUGACAGUUCAUGAAUUCAAAAAAUUAUUCAAGAAUGCAGAAAUACAAUACAUCAAGAGAGAUCAAGGUGAACUAUUUCGUUCGCUUCACAAAUCUAGUAAAUAAAAUCAUUUUCCGAAUUUAAAACAACAGAAAAAAAGGAUAGUUUAGUCAUGCUUUUGCUGACAAAUGUUUGCCAUAUCUAUAAACAGUCAAAGCUUUUCUAUCCAUGUAUUCAGAUAUCAUUCUGGAGUAGAUGUAUUUUUGUUAUUUGUGCAGCUUCAAGUAUUAUUUAGUAUUAUUCUGUUGUUGUGAGUGGCAAUAAUAGAGCUUCCAAUGACGGUGCAAGAACAAAUUUAUGUACAAAGUCUAAUAAGUUCACGAAUACACAUUUUUUUUUACUUAAAAAAUUGUUACUCGUAUCCAUAAAAUAUUCCAAUUCCAUUCAUGUUGAAAUGUUUUUAGUGUAACUUUUGUUAUCAGUAUAUAUUAUGCAGAUGAAAAUUCCAUUAAAUGGAUCUAC